AUUCACUGUGGAAAAAAGAGAACGGGCAACAAAACCAAGAAUUUUUUUUUUUUUUACAGCAAAGUGACUUCUGCAAUAUAAAUAACGUCCAGGGAAACAAAGAGGGGGAUCAACAGGGAUUUAGGUGUGAUGAGACAAAAGAAUAAAGGAUGCCUUACGAGCGGGGCUGCCCGGGAGCCUGGAUUGUACUUUAAAGCACAGCGGCGGAUAUACCCCAUCCCCCUCCCGAGCUUCUGGAUCAUGGGACGUGAUUGAAAGAUAUUAUCUCAUGAUUCCUCCUUCUCCAUCUAUGGCGAACUACAGCCAUGCGGCCGACCACAGCUUCCUGCAGAGCCUGUCGCCACUGGCCACCUUCCUUAAACUGACCUCCCUGGGCUUCAUCAUCGGCGUGGGUGUGGUGGGCAACCUCCUGAUCUCCAUCCUCCUGGUCAAAGACAAGAGCCUGCACCGGGCGCCCUACUACUUCCUGCUGGACCUGUGCGCCUCGGACAUCCUGCGGUCCGCCGUCUGCUUCCCGUUCGUCUUCACCUCCGUGAAGAACGGCUCGGCGUGGACGUACGGCACGCUCACCUGCAAGGUGAUCGCCUUCCUGGGCGUGCUCUCCUGCUUCCACACGGCGUUCAUGCUCUUCUGCGUCAGCGUGACGCGCUACCUGGCCAUCGCGCACCACCGCUUCUACACCAAGCGGCUGACCUUCUGGACCUGCCUGGCCGUCAUCUGCAUGGUGUGGACGCUGUCGGUGGCCAUGGCGUUCCCGCCGGUGCUGGACGUGGGCACGUACUCGUUCAUCCGCGAGGAGGACCAGUGCACCUUCCAGCACCGCUCGUUCCGCGCCAACGACUCGCUGGGCUUCAUGCUGCUGCUGGCGCUCAUCCUGCUGGCCACGCAGCUCGUCUACCUCAAGCUCAUCUUCUUCGUGCACGACCGGCGGAAGAUGAAGCCCGUGCAGUUCGUGCCGGCCGUCAGCCAGAACUGGACCUUCCACGGCCCCGGGGCCAGCGGCCAGGCGGCCGCCAACUGGCUGGCGGGGUUCGGGAGGGGCCCCACCCCGCCCACCCUGCUGGGGAUCCGGCAGAACACCAACGCGGCCGGGCGGAGGCGGCUGCUGGUGCUGGACGAGUUCAAGACGGAGAAGCGGAUAAGCAGGAUGUUCUACGCCGUCACCUUCUUCUUCCUGGCCCUGUGGGGCCCCUACCUGGUGGCCUGCUACUGGAGGGUGUUCGCCAGGGGCCCCGUGGUGCCCGCCGGGUACCUGACCGCGGCCGUGUGGAUGAGUUUCGCCCAGGCGGGCGUCAACCCCUUCAUCUGCAUCUUCUCCAACAGGGAGCUGAGGAGGUGUUUCAGCACCACCCUGCUUUACUGCAGGAAGUCCCGGUUACCAAGGGAACCCUACUGUGUUAUAUGAAGACACGGUUCUGUGAUCGGUCUCCGGUUUUGGCCCCUACUGUACAGUCCUUUGUCUUUUGUCUUACUCCUCCUCAAAAGCUGGCAGAAGUUGGACUGUCGAUCACCUUUUUUUUUUUCAGAAUAUGGUUAUGAGAAAAGAGAAACACCACAAUAGUAAAAGGUGAAGAAACACUGAAGAUGUAUGAACCUCACAGGAAAAGGGUGAGACCUCCUGAGUUUAUGUUCUAAUAAACCAUCCGCUGUGGAAGGCUGUUGGAAGCUACAAAAGCAAAAAAAUUAAAAAAGAAUUAAAAACAAAACAAACAAAAAAAUACUGAAACAAAAAAGGGCCGUCGCAUUGGAUAUUUGUUAUAUUUCAUGUUGAGUUUUUUCUUUUAAAAGAAGAAGAAAAAAUAAACAUUACCUCUGAGGAAUCAUUACAGUUGUUUUACUUUUAAAACUUGCACUAAAGAGAAGACACAGAGAUGCAGUUUUAUUUCUCUACAGUUGCAUUGCAAAGACAUUUCCCCCUCCUUCAGAUUAAACAAUGAAUGCUUUAAUUACAGACUUCUGAAUUGCUGUACAUAAAGCAAAGGUCUCCCGGGUAACCAAUAUGGUUGGAAUACACCAUCUGAAGAGGAUAAAAAUUGAUUUUGAUGUAAGUGUUAUUUUUCAUUCCUGAGGGAGGGGCUGGGGGUGGAGAGGGGGAAGGAGGGUGUGCAGAAGGGGUAAUGUUAUGUGCUAUUGAAGUUGCAACUUAAUUAGAACUUAUUUAUUGUAGUUUUAUUAUUCAUAUUUCCCUAUUGACUGACAGUUUUCUUUCUCUGCAUUUUUUUUAAAUUAUUGAAGUUGAAAUGACAAUGUUUUGGGUAAAACCGUUCUUUUGAAAAAAAAAAAAACAAACAUCCCAAAUGAACAGCAAAGAAAUUGUGUCACAGACCACCAUUUCAGGACACAGAACGCUGACUCAGUACGUGUAGAUACAGCCCUUCAGAUGCCACACCAGGUACUCCUGCCUUAAUGGUUAAAUGUAGAUGUUUUGCGAUGGAGAAAGCUUUAGGCAUUAAAAGAAACUGUUUCACAUCAGUUUGAAGUGCAUGAUCAUUGAAAUGCUUUUCCAAAUUCCUCUCGUGGAACCCCGUUAGAGACCCUACACUGCAACAGUGGCCUGUUUUUAUUUGAGGGUUUGCUGUACGUACCAGUACGCUCAGAACACAGGAGGCUUGUGCGUGUUCCUGUGCGUCCAAGCAGUCGCAUCAAGACCAGAGCCUUAGUAUGAAAUGUUGCACAAUUUGUAAAAAAAAAAAAGAAAAAGAAAAAGUAUUGUAUUUAAGGCACACUUUCUGUACUUUUUCCUCUUGAUUGUUUUUAAUUACUUCCUUUGUCUCUUGUGGCCAUUUUAAUAUUUAUGAUUUCUUUUGUAUUUUAGAGGUAGGUGGAAUAUUAGUGUGUGAGUCUUUCAUUUUGAAGGGUGGGACGUAGGUACAAUUUCAGUUUAGGAUUGCAUUUGCCAAAAGUUACCUGUGUGAUCUGUUGCUUACAUUUUGGAAAUAAAAUUUUACAUUUUGAAAA